AUGGUACAAGCAUUUAUGGCUGAUGUUAUUUUUCCAAAUAAACAUGAAGAUGAACAGUAUAAAUAUACAGAUGAUAGUCAUUUACUUAUUUCGGAAACUUAUGUUGGUAUAAGUGUUGAAGUAUUUGAAUCAGAUGUUUUUCGUAGUGAUAUACCAUGUCGAUUUAAAAUUGUUCCUGAAACAGUUGAAUAUUUAAUUGAUAAUAUUGAUCGAACACUUCAACAAUCAAUUGAAAUUGAAGAAAAAUUAUCAAUAGAUUUAAUAGAAAAUUUAUUUGAAAUAUAA